ACCUUUAAGGACCUCAGCGUCUAAAAGAGUGAGAGAUUGGCGGUCUCGGCUUCUCAGAGCUGUCUUCGACAAAUCUGGAGGACAAACGAGAGGACGACUUCCUUUAUAUGCCAGCCACCUUCAACACCUAGGGGUCAUGCACUGUCUGGGAUGGUCGCCAUCUCCCAACUCACGCUACAAGUCCUCCUUCUGUCUUCAAUAACCUCUCUUCUGUUGCUCCCUCUACAUUCUUCAACCCCACAAUCCACUGAUCUCUACACUGAUGGAGUCCACUCUCUCUGCAGAUGCGGACCCUAAAACUGCACCAUCGACAUCAUCAUCUCCAGACCCUGCUUCUAGCCCGGGCUCUAACAACACCCCUGCAUCCUCCACUGCUACCCCUAAGAGAACCUUUGCUUCCAUAGCCCAGCGAGUGAUCAUACAAGAAAGACUUAGAAAAGCAGAAGAGGGAGAUGAUUCUGAUGAAGAAGAAGAUGAAGAACCAGAAGAAGAUGUAUCUAAGGAGCAGAUGGAGGAAAAAGCCAAAGCAGGUGAUGCCAGAGCUCAAACUCGGCUGGGUCAGCACUACUUGAUUCUCGCUGAAGAGAAGGACGCAGAUUUAAAUAAUCGUCUAGCUGUUCAUUGGUUGAUAAAAGCAGCAAAACAGGGAAGAAAGGGUGCAGCAAAAGCCCUGCAGCGCUGUUGGAUCCGCAAAAUAGGAAUCACUACGGAGAAUGAAGAAGAUGUUCGGAAGCUGUCGGUAGAGACCAAGUUUGAGAGGGCGGUGCGUAAAGCAGCCAUGAUGAUGUACUGGAAGCUGAAUCCAGAGAAGAAGACAAAAGUAGCCAUGGCCGAGAUGAUGGAAAAUGUUGGACAGGUCAACGACCUGCAGGGGAGCCCUACAAGUCGGACGCAGGGCCCAACCUCAAACGAGACUCAGAAAGUCCUGGAAAACUUGGCCUGCAAUGACAGCAAUCAGUUGGUAGACCUGGACGAAUUUGUUGAGAUGACAAAAAAUUUGGCUCAAGGUAUCGUUCCCUCGUCAUCCAAAAAUCGAAGCCAGGGAAGAGCCAAAACAGAAAACCCUACUCUUGAUCAUUAUAGUGAGUGCAAGGCUGAGCAGGUCCCCUCAGGAGAGAAGAAGCCCCACAGAGGGUCUUGGGGUUUUGGUCGAGGGGGGAUGAUGCUGGACACGAAGCAAACUGGAGCCAUUAAGAAAGCAAUGGACAUGAAAUCACGCCUAAUGAUGCUGCACUAUCCACUGGAUACCGCGGUGGAGGUAAAGGAGCACCUGGUCGACUGGGCAUCGCGGGCCGGCGUCCAGUGGCUGAGCACCAUCAUCCCUACGCAACAUGUCAACACACUCAUCUUCUUCUUCAUCAUCAGCAACCUUACCAUUGACUUGUUUUCCUUUGUCAUCCCACUACUGGUCUUCUAUCUCUCCUUCAUCUCGAUGAUUAUUUGCACUCUGCGUGUUUUUCAGAGUAGCAAGACAUGGCAUAACUUUCGAGCUCUGACGUCUCUCCUGACCCGUCUUGAACCUGGCCUGGAUGUGGAGCAGGCAGAAACCGACUUUGGCUGGAAUAACCUGGAGCCGUACCUCUAUUUCAUCUUUUCGGUCUUCUUCGUCAUUUUCUCCUUUCCUGUAGCCGACAAGGGCUGGAUCCCCUGUUCAGAACUAUCCACGGUGGCCAUCUUCUUCACGGCGGUCAGCUACCAGAGCCUCAGUCCCAUGGCUGCCACAUAUGCACGCCGAGCAAUGGUUAUAGAGGUUGCGUCCUCUCUUUGUGGCCUGACGCAGUUCCUGCCAGAGAACAUGACGAGGCUUGGCUUCCUGGGACGCACUUUUGCAACUCUGCCCCUCGGGAAGGCAGUAGUGCUACAACUUAGUAUUCCCUGUCUGCUGUAUGUUUACCUUUUUUACCUAUUCUUCAGCAUGGCCAGAAAGCGUGGCUUCCGAGGAACAUAUUGCAUCCUGGUACCCUACUUGGUGUGCUUCAUGUGGUGUGAGUUCUCAGUGGUGCUUCUUCGGAAUUCCACAGCUGUUGGUAUAAUCCGCACCUGUGUGGCCUACUUCCUCUUCCUGUUUGCGCUGCCUGUCCUGGCAUUCGGCCUUGCCAUCAUGCUCCUCAUCCAGCUCUUCAAGUGGUUCCUGGAGCUGGAGCUCACCAAGAUGAUUGUCACCUUAGUUGUAUGCGCCAUCCCUGUCACCCUGCGGCUCUGGACGCGCUUCAGCACGUCUAUUCUAGAUGUUUUCCGUGCUCUGACGCACCGUGGCCCAGUCAAACUCAUCUUACUUUGCAUCUCCAUGGUGAUCCUCUUCUUCUCCAUCUAUGUGUAUCAUGCAGAAGGUCAGAAAGUCUAUAACUCCACCCUGACUUGGAACCAGUAUAGCCAAGCUUGCGGACCGCCUGCCUGGCAAUCCAAAGGUAUGGCCAAGACACAGAUCUUCUGCAGCCACCUGCAGGGACACAGGGUCACCUGGACUGGGCGUUUUAAGCACGUCCGUGUGGCUGAGACGGAGAACGGGGCGCAGUCGGUCAUCAACAUGUUACCAGUGUUUCUUGGGGACUGGCUGCGAUGCCUCUAUGGUGAGACGUACCCUAAAUGUGAGCCAAAGAACGUAACAGUCACAAACCUAACAGCUUCCAGCUCCACAUCACAUCCAGUCUCGCUAGCCGUGCUGCUACGAAUGCAGGAAGAGGAGGAGUUAUGUCAGAUCAAAGCCCUGGCCAAACACACCUGCCAUGUCAAGCGCUUCGACAGUUACAGAUUUCAAGUUACCUUAGGGAUGACCAGGGAUGAAAGCAUUGAGGCAGACGACCCAGGAAGGGAUAUUGUGCUUAUGGCCAGCCAUGAAUUCCGACAGGUCCUCUUCAACCUGAAACCGGGUAAUAUGGUGGAGUUCUGUACCAAGCUGGAGGGUCGUUUAGGAGCAAGGGCCCCGGCUUUCGAGUUGAAGGCUGUCAACUGUCUGGAUUGUGUUUCGCCACUGUUGACUGGGGGCCGACAGGUGAAGAUAGAGAGAGACUGGAGACGUACCACCAUGCGAGCCCUGAAGUUUGCAUUUGACUUUUUUUUCUCUCCCUUUAUGUCAGCAAAGAUCACUGGCUAAGAACACACCCAAGAGGGACACCAAACGCAAAGACUGAACCAAAACCGCUGUCACCAAAAUGACAAAGUUGCGACAAUGUUUACUUUUUGAUUGUGGCUCUUCCUCGUUUACACUACAGUUUUUUACGUAUGUCUUAAGAGUGGUAGGACACCAACCAUCCUUCCAUUUUCUAUACCACCUGUCCACAUUAUGGUCACAGGCGAGCUGGAGUCUUCCCAGCUCACGGUGGGUGAGAGGUGGGGUAAAUCCUGGACUGGUCACCAGUCAAUCACAGGACACAUAUAGGCAAACAACCAUUCACACUCACAUUCACACAUAUGGACAAUUUAGAGUCUCUAGUUAAUCUAACAUGCAUGCGUACCAAACCCUUAACUAGUCACCUGUCAAUCUCAGGGAAGUUUUGAAGUGGACACUCAGCGGGAAUGCCUAAAAUCAGCCACAAUACUACUUCACAAUGUUCAACCAAUUCUCUUGAAAUUUGGGGAAAUUUUUAAUCCCACAACAAUUUUUUUUUUUUUACAUUUUUAAAGAUAUUUGGAGACGAUAAAGAUAGGUUUGGUACAGUAAUGGUAGUGGUAUUGCUUUAGUUCAUUUCAAACAUGCCUAACAAAGACACAUUAAAGGUCAUCACAUUUUUACAAUUGCACAGUUUAAUGUCCGACAAGGAGUAGGAAGUAGGAGAGAAUAUUUAAUCCUACCGCUUCUAAAUACUACAAGGGGCACUGCAGUUUUAAAGUUUGUAGUCCUAAAAAACGAUGAUAUUGUGUUUAGUGAAUACAGAAUGAAGGCUAAUUUAGGUCAAAUAUUGAAUCCACUUUAGACUUUAGUUCUGCACACAACACAACAAAAGACCUCUUUACUGGAGACACAAUUAAAAGGAAUGUUUUUUUUUAUUUUUUGGAUAAAGAACUUUUUUACUUUAUAUGUCUGCAUGUGUGUGUGUGUGUGCCUGUGAGUGUGUGUGUUUGCAUAUUUUCAGUAUUUGCCUUUAUAUUUAUAUAUCAUACGGCAUGUGAUUGUAGUAAAGUAUAUUUUUCAGUUUUUUUGCUGCGUGGUCCGAAUAUUUUUUGGUCACCAUUUAUGUUGAUCGUAUGGCUUAUGACUGCCUGUUAGUACUAUUUAUGAUUUUAAUGUUUUUAUGUCACAAAAAAGGUUGAAAUAUUGUGUCAAUCUGGAGUUUGUUACAUCAAGUCACUUUUAUUUAUAUAGCGCCAAUUCACAACAGACGUUAUCUCAAGGCACUUUACACAUAGAGCAGGUCUACAACCAUGCUCCUCAUGCAAUAAAGAGAACCAAGGACACAUGAGCAACCACUUGGUGACGGAGGCAAGGAAAAACUCCAUCUAGGGAAAAAACCUCAAACACAACCCACAGGCUCUGUGGGGUGCCUGUCUGCAAUAAUGUCUUAGCCAAGGAAGGAAGAUGUAACUAUUUUCACUUGUAUAAUAAUUAGGGAAGAUUUCUCAAUGUGGCUCACUGCAUAGGGUAAGUACUAGGAGAACCAUGAUGGCACUGAGUCCUAAGUUUCAAGAGAAAGCGUACCAAACAAAUACUAAAUAGUGGUCAUUCCAUAUUGAUAGAUAGACAAUGCUUUUUAAAAUUGUAUAUUUUGCAAUAGUACAGACAGUGUGUUUACACUAGCAUAUUUUCAAGGUUAUAUUUACUCAUCUCAUAUGUCAAUGUAUGCCUGCAAGAAGCACCAUUGGGGUGUAUCCAGGAUCCUCACUGCACAUGUUUACUGUGACAAUUAUGAGUGGCUUAUCUAUCCAGUCAUGGAAUUUAUCAUCGUGUGCAAUGAAUAUUAAAGGGCUUGACUUUUAAAAAGGCAUGUUUAUUCUCCUUGCUCUGAAAGUUAUUGUUACUACAGCCUUGAAUAAGGAAUCCUAGACAUUGGCUGCUUCUCAUCCGUGCCGCAUGCACCCCUUGAUCCUUAUUUGGGGGACUUUUGUUAUGUCUGUUUCAUCCGAAAAUAUUACUGUGGUCUUUCAUUUACACUUGCCUAUGGUCUUCUACUCCCCUCAACACUGUCAAUAUAUUAUAUUAAUACUAUAUUAUAUUAACUCGAGGUUCCAAGCAGAAAUGUAGGUCAGGCUCAGAGGCACCGCCAGGAAUUCUGGGCCCCUCCUUGUGCAGCUGUUGUCAACACAUUUCCAAGAAUGUUAACAGACCCAAUAAGAGCUUUACAUAAUU